GUUUAAAGAAAGGGUUUGAUCCCUUGAACUGGGAACAUGAAGUGCCUCUUAAUGUUAAAUUAAGUUUUAAUGACAUAAAGAGUCAAUUUUAACUUUGAGGUUUUACCGCUCAACUGAGCAUGACUUGAACGGGAAAAAACGCCCUCAAAGUGCUUCAAAAUCUGGAAAAUGUUCCAAAAGUUAUGCAUACCAAUGGAUAAAAACUGGAACGCCCAAGGCACUCUAAAAGUGCAACUUGUGAAAACUUUUAGCUUCGUGCCCGUGUGUUUGCUGCCUUGAGGAUUACGUUGUAUCAGACACUUUGCUCAGUUUAAAGCAUAUUUGAAGCUAUUUAAUGAAAUUCAUUAUGCCCGCAUCCCGAUUGGUUAGAUUAAAUGCUAGGUGCAUCCGGCCCUUUAACUAAUGCAUCGAUUAGCUGAAAUGCUAUCUUUACUUUUCAUUUCAAGAGCAAAGAGACAAACGCGAAACCCAUGAGUGCACUCCAAGUUAAAAACUAAAUGAGCAACUGCUGCUGUGGCAGCCGGGAAAACAGAGAUUCACUCGAGUCACUCGCAGAAGAAAAAACUACAACAGACGGCCAGAAAACAAUACGGCACACACUAUAGCAAAUACAUAGCAUACAUAGCCUCAGGGCGAGGAUAUUGCCAGGACGAUGAUAAUCAGCAUGAACCAGACGGAGCCCUCCCAGCUGGCAGCUGGGGAGCAUCUGAGUGGAUACGCCAGCAGCAGCAACAGCGUGCGCUAUCUGGACGACCGGCAUCCGCUGGACUACCUUGACCUGGGCACGGUGCACGCCCUCAACACCACUGCCAUCAACACCUCCGAUCUGAACGAGACUGGGAGCAGGCCGCUGGACCCGGUGCUCAUCGACAGGUUCCUGAGCAACAGGGCGGUGGACAGCCCGUGGUACCACAUGCUCAUCAGCAUGUACGGCGUGCUAAUCUUGUUCGGAGCCCUAGGCAACACCCUGGUGGUUAUAGCCGUGAUCCGGAAGCCCAUCAUGCGCACAGCCCGCAAUCUGUUCAUCCUGAACCUGGCCAUAUCGGACUUACUUUUAUGCCUAGUCACCAUGCCGCUGACCCUGAUGGAGAUCCUGUCCAAGUACUGGCCCUACGGCUCCUGCUCUAUCCUGUGCAAAACCAUUGCCAUGCUGCAGGCACUUUGUAUUUUCGUGUCUACAAUAUCCAUAACGGCCAUUGCCUUCGACAGAUAUCAGGUUAUCGUGUACCCCACGCGGGACAGCCUGCAGUUCGUGGGCGCGGUGAUGAUCCUGGCAGGGAUUUGGGCACUGGCACUGCUGCUGGCCUCGCCGCUGUUCAUCUACAAGGAGCUGAUCAACACAGACACGCCGGCUCUUCUGCAGCAGAUCGGGCUGCAGGACACCAUACCGUACUGCAUCGAGGACUGGCCAAGUCGCAACGGGCGCUUCUACUACUCGAUCUUCUCGCUGUGCGUGCAAUACCUGGUGCCUAUCCUGAUCGUCUCGGUGGCCUACUUCGGGAUCUACAACAAGCUGAAGAGCCGCAUCACCGUGGUGGCCGUUCAGGCGUCCUCCGCCCAGCGAAAGGUGGAACGAGGGCGGCGGAUGAAGCGCACCAACUGCCUGCUGAUCAGCAUCGCCAUCAUCUUCGGGGUUUCUUGGCUGCCGCUGAACUUUUUUAACCUGUACGCGGACAUGGAGCGCUCGCCGGUCACUCAGAGCAUGCUCGUCCGCUACGCCAUCUGCCACAUGAUCGGCAUGAGCUCCGCCUGCUCCAACCCACUUCUCUACGGCUGGCUCAACGACAACUUCCGUAAAGAAUUUCAAGAACUGCUCUGCCGUUGCUCAGACACUAAUGUUGCUCUUAACGGUCACACGACAGGCUGCAACGUCCAGGCGGCGGCGCGAAGGCGUCGCAAGUUGGGCGCCGAACUCUCCAAGGGCGAGCUCAAGCUGCUGGGGCCGGGCGGCGCCCAGAGCGGUACCGCCGGCGGCGAGGGCGGUCUGGCGGCCACCGACUUCAUGACAGGCCCCCACGAGGGCGGACUGCGCAGCGCCAUUACCGAGUCGGUGGCCCUGACGGACCAACCGUCCAACCCGGUGCCCUCGGAGGUCACCAAGCUGAUGCCGCGGUAAAGCACAGGGUAGUCGUAAGAUCUUUGAGGUCUGGUCUCGUGUCGACCUCCGCACGACAUAUGGGUGCAUGAACUUUUGUGCGCCCUCGGGCUGAUUGGAUUUGCAUGCUCCAAACGUCGCUGCUGCUCGCAUUACGUUUCACUUGUUCCAACUGCAACUGCCACCUCUCCAGCACACUGAGCGAAAAGCCGCGUCAUAAAACCGGAAAAAACUCUGGCUGUAAAAUCUAUAAGCAGUCGCCUUAAGCACGUUUAAAAAGUUCCUAGCUUAUUUUAAUUUAUUUCAUUGGUCCCCAUUUAUAUGUUUUUGUACAAAAAACCAAGAGCAAGAGUUAUAAAUAUCUUUGUAAGUAUCGUAUCUCCAUAUGUCAAUCUUAACAUUUAAAACCAUCUAAAUAGUAUCUUA